AUGACAUCUUCAUCGGCUCUCAUCUACGCACCCUUAAUAUCGGAGAACGAAAAGGAGCAACGGGCCGGCGAAACACUCCAUCGACAGAGUCGGCGACGGCAAGAGCAAGUUGGGAGUGAAGCACAGAAACCGACCGGCAGACAUCCACAAAAUAGCAAAGAGUGGCAGCGAGCAAAGAAUUCGGGUUCCACAACGACAUCAUCCACAGGAAGCUACGGCGGUGGUCGUUGUUCUUCGGAGGCAACGACAGGAAGUUCACCUCGCGACUUUAUUUCGGGUCGCUUUUCGGAUCAUCCUAUAGAGAGUGAAUUCGAUGGUUUGAGUGAUGGAAAAUCGGAAUCCGAAGAACAGCCUGCCGAACUUGUUCCAUUAGGCAUGCGCACCUAUAGCUUGUCUGGUUGCAAAGCGCGUUAUCGUAAAAAGGCUCGAAGUCAUUUUGCAGAUUUCUACAAGCUAGUGGAUGAUCAUCUUGGAUCGGGAGCAUAUGCAAGUGUUAAAACGGGUAUCUCACUCGCAACUGGUAAAGAAUUCGCUAUUAAACUGAUUGAUAAACAUGAAGCGGGUCAUACACGCUCACGCGUUAUGCAUGAAGUUGAAACAUUUAAUCUAUGCAAAAAUCAUCCAAACAUCGUACAGCUUCAUGAGUGGUUCGAAGACCAUGACCGAUUUUAUCUGGUGUUCGAAAAAAUGCGCGGUGGUCCGCUCCUCGAUCAUAUUCAGCGCAAGAAGUUUUUUACAGAACAAGAAGCGAGCAAAGUAACAAAAGACAUUGCUACAGCUCUCAAAUUUUUACAUGAUCGAGGAAUUGCACAUCGCGAUGUGAAGCCAGAAAAUGUAUUGUGUUCAGACAUCGAUCGCGUAAGCCCUGUGAAACUAUGUGAUCUCGAUCUUGCAAGUAAAGCAAGUCCUCCAUCUCCACCGCGACUAACGAAUGUCAACAGUGAGCCAGAUUUAGCAAGCCCUGUAGGAAGUGCGGAAUUUAUGGCUCCGGAGGUAGUGGAUGCUUUUGUUGGUGAUGCACUUAAAUACGAUAAGCGCUGCGAUAUGUGGUCACUUGGUAUUAUUGUUUACAUCAUGAUUUGUGGUUAUCCACCGUUUUAUGGGGAAUGUUGGCGUGAAAACUGUGGCUGGGAUCAAGGCCUAGCUUGUAACGACUGUCAGGAAAGCUUAUUCAAACGCAUCCAACGGGGUCAGUUCGACUUUCCAGCGCCGGAAUGGGAGAACGUAAGUGAGGAAGCCAAGGAUCUCAUAUGCCAUCUGCUGGUUAAGAACGUGCGUCAGCGUUUCACUGCCGAUGAAGUAUUAAAGCAUCCGUGGGUGAAGAAUGGCGCACCAGAAACCAAACUGCAAACUCCAGGAAAUUUGUUCCGCAACGACAGCACUCGUGAUGUCCAUCAAAUGCAAGAGCAUUUCAAUGUGAUGAAUCGUUUUGUUGCAGCGCGGCUAAGUGCUCGGUUAGAACAAAGUGAACAUGAUUCUGAUGAAUCAGUCGAUGAACAACCAAUCUUAAGAAGGUCACCGAAGUACAAAAUAUUCGAAGAUAUUAGGGCAGGUAAAAAUCCGACGAAGUCAGUGGAGUUGAAGCAGCAGCCAUACAAUGUAAUCACAGCAAAAGUUGAAGCAACAUUCCGCGAGCAGUCAUCCAGUCCAAAUAGUGGUGUGUCAAAAACAGCGAAACAGAAUUCUGAAAAACAAAAUAAUGUUAAAAAAUUGGUGUUUCGUAAAGCUCCGAGUUAUGGACAUAGUGUUAUGCAAUGUGCCGCGCUAACGAUGCCUUUCAUGGGAGUCAACAACGUUGGCAGUCAGUAUCCCUUACACAUGUCGCAGAUAUCAUUGCCUUCACCAUUACAGUACGCAGACGGAGUACCGUUAUUACAGACUCCGCAUGUUAUUCCACCACCACCUUUCCAAUCGCCGGGUCAAGUUGUCAACAUGAAUGGGAUGAUUCUAUAUCCACGCAUAUUGCCGCAACCCAUCUAUGCUCCACAGCAGUUGUCACCGCAACAAAUGUUUCAUGUCGUUUCUCCGUCGUAUGUUGCAAGUACCGCUGUUCGUAUGGUACCCUACCAAUCACCUUAUGGCAACAACAACUUCCAUGAGGUAGAUAGAAGGCGAAAACCACAAUGCAACGGAAUGAUGCCAAGAGCUCAGCUGCAACAGUCAUUGGAUGGGCAAGUCCGACGAACGAUGGUAACUGUACGUUCUGCUGCAAAUCUCUCUAGACCAUCUUUCGGCGAAAAUCAUCCUCCUGAACAACUGGAAACUUGCCAAGGUGCUAUGGUCAAGCAGGAUUCAAAAACGGACUUGCAUCAGUGUCAGGCACGUGAAACUCAGGUUAACGUUUAG